UUGCGUGCGUCCGUGAUUGUGAAAGAGAAAAGUCCUUUCCAAUUCCGAAACCGCAAUAUCUGCGACAGAAAUUUACUCCUUCCGUUUGUAGAAAGUGUGCAACCUGGCGUCCAAAUCGUAAUACCACAACACACGAUUCGAGUCGUUUCGACUGGGAGCGCCACAGCAAAAUUGCGUUUCCUGAAAGUCCGUGCGAAUCUCGCUCGAGUAGUUUAUUGUCGCCAUUGACGAAAAUCCAUCGUGUAUCCAUCGUGUAUCUUUAUCAUCUCUGUGCCAGCAGACGGUGGAAAAGUAAAAUUCCCGUGGCGGAAGAAGAAAUCGAAUAAGUACAGGAUCGUGCGUGUGCGUGAAGCCAGUGCAAGUGAUUGUGUGCGUGCCACUUCGUCAAAUCAUUACCUUCGCACUCGGGGUGUGUUUGCCCUGCAGUUGAAGUGAAAUUGUUGUUCUCCUGCCGCGAAUCGGCAGCAUCUAUGCGUCGGAAAGAAGCUGGAACCAACCGCGGUACUGUGGCAGUGACGGAAACCCACGUUCCGGUCUAACGAGAAGCGCUCCUGUCCCCGAAAAUCAGAGCCCGAGGGUGUGCCUGGGUAAAAGAGUGAGACAAAGAUUGGAAGAGGAGUGUGACGGUAGCGAAAGGCUCCGUGGCUUGCAAUAUUGCGAAAUUUGGUCUGCGAUCGCCGUCCGUGAGUGAGGAAGGGUUACUGAAAUUGGUGAAACUAGACGCAGAGCUGUUUCGCCACCCAACCUGCCGUUUGCUGCUCUGUCGCACGCCGUGGUCCAGUGCUUGGCACUUGUGUGUUUCUCGACCAAAAUCUACGCGGUUCGAUCCCGUUAUAAUCGCUAAUUCAAUGUGUAUGGCUUUAGUGCUGGUGCGGCUCGUUCCAACCUCUAUGGAGUUUCAGCUCGACAGCGCGGAAUACUGCCAGGCACAACACAAAUAAGCGAUUCGCACGCUCUGCCACCCUUCCCUCCCCCAGGCCGAGUGUCGUGAGCGUCAAGCGGAGGACACGGAACGCAAAGUUGCAUCGUGUGGAACGAGCAGAAGCCGCGCGGGGUGCUGCCAGGACAGGACAGAAGAGCGCGAGAUCAGACUGACCGAGAAAGUGAAGAGCUAGCGGUGUGGUAGCAGUAACAGCAGUGGCAGCGUGAUUGCCAGGAUCUAAACGAAUAAGAACUUGCGAUCUUUCGAAUGAGAGGCCCCGAGCUGGCGCGUAGUAAAUUGGAGAAGCAAGUGCUACACGACGUAGAGCACAUGCGAUUGUUUUGGCCGUAACCUUCACCAGUCAACGCGAAGUUGUUGUCAUUCAUUGUUGCCGUCAUCACCGUGAUAGUCAUCUUAGUCGCCGGCAGCAGUGGGACUCAUUGUUUUUGUGUAGCAAAGGAGUGUACUACGAUCGUUGGCGCUAAUUCAAAAUCAUCAGACAUCAGACACCUAUUCACAAAUCUCUUGUGUUCCUGCAUUAGUUGCCACGACAACAAAACAAAGUCACAGAUUGGCGUAUUCCACGGAGAGCUUACUGGAUCGAAACAUUGUCCGACAUUGAACUCGUUCCUCUAAAGCGCAUACCGUGCACACCGGGAACAUCGACAUUUCCUCUUGGUUUGGCUGGUGAAAUCGGACACACGACGACAACUAUUGACAGGCGAGCUUAAAUAAUCCCAUCGUUCGUAUGCUUGUAUUUGGUAGCCUUUCGUUCGGCUCCCCAGCAUAAGUGUGCAACAGAUUCUUCGACAAUUUCAUGCAAAACUCGGUGGCAGAAAAUUGAGACUGAUUGUAAAAUAGAUCUACAUAAAAUAGUGGAACCAAGCAUCAAGAAUCCAUCAAGCAAGAAGAGGGUUUUGCUUCCUUAAACUACUUUUCGGCGACAUAGUUUUGUCCAUUUCAUCCGCCAAACUGACCAAGUGAAAAUCUUACAAAACCUACGGCGAACAACCAGAAGGAACACCUAACCACCGAAUUUUGAUUGAUAUGAAGCAGACAGAUUCAUAGAAAGUGUGUAGCAUUCAUUCAGAAAGUUGGUGGCAGUGUUUUUUAGAACUGGAUGUCGAUGGAUUAAAGUGUUGCUUGGAAAAGUUGAAACAACAGUCUUUCCAUGAGUGUUUCGUUCGUUUCGUUGACGGUUUAAAAGAGGGGAAAAUCAUUAUUUUUGUAGCAACACACUUGCAGAAAACACGCAAGAAAAUCCAGUGGUAGCACCUUUUGGACAGCGCCGUUUGGUUAUUUUCACAACACCCAAUGAGCAAGGUUUUAGUCAACAGUACUUGCCGUUCGAUUUGAGAACUCUGACGGGUCCGUCGCGCGUGUGUGCGUUAGUGUGGUUAUAAAGAGACGUGGUUUUGAAUGCUGCAUGUUGAGAGGAGAAUCUGAUGAGAUAAAAGAUAAGCGUAGCGCCCAAGACAGAUAAUUUUCCGUUUUAUGAGCCUGUUACUCGGUUGACAGUGGCUAGUACUGCGUCUGCCUUUGCUGGGCACUUUUCUCGGAUACUUCCCCGACACGAACUAUUCCAAAGGAAGUUUGCAAAGGUCACAGCGUUCAUCCUACGCUGACGUAGCAGUCAAAACCCAUCCUUCAAACACGGCGCUCUACUUCUCGUGAUGCCGGCUGCGUGAUCGAAGAGGAACAAGAGCGAAACAACUGACAUCAAAAAUCGAAUCACGAAAGGAAGUGCACGAAAUCGCGUAAAGAAAGCGUUCGGCAAAUAUUCAAAACAUUCAAAAACAUUAGAUUGUUCAAUACGCAAAACUACAGAAACGAGAAAGACCUGUCUGAGAGAUAAGAUAGUAGCGAGAAUUGUUUGAUUACACCUUUACACACAGCUGAAAACAAACCAGUGGACGGUGAAUCAUACGGUCGUCCGUGGCGCCACCCAUUCAACCAAACGCUCAGUAAACCACAAGGACUUGCGAACAGAUUAUCAACGGUUGCCUCAACAGGCGUUUGUUUUGUGAUAAACUUUUUUGAAAGCUUAAAACCGGCUGAGCAAAAAAGGACACUGUCGUCGUCGUUGUCGUCGUGUUAAGAGGUGUGAUAAAGCUCUGCGACAGCGUGCGACGCUUUGUUUGUAAAAGAAAAGCGUUAAAAAUUGACUGAACUUGGGAGAAAUCGGUAUCGUAUUAAAUUGCCUAUUGAAAGCGCAUUCCUUCGCCGUCGUGUGUCUAUCGAAAAAAGGGCGUAUCCAUUGCCGCCCACUGCCCGUUGUAGGUAAAUCGUUGUUUGCCACUCGUGAAGCAAGGAUUUUUAUGACAACCCUCAUCAUGCGUCAGAAGGACAUCAGACCAGCACCGGCUCGGAUUGAGUUUAAGGGAAUGAAAUUCCUGAUUACCGAUCGGCCAUCUGACGUUAAUAUUCUUCCUUACAUUGCUGAACUGAAGAAACAUAACGUGUCGGUAGUGGUUCGCGUCUGCGAGCCAAGUUAUAAGAUCGAGGAGCUGGCCAAUCAAGGCAUUACCGUGCGAGACUUAGCAUUUGAGGACGGCACCUUCCCACCGAAUGAGAUCGUGGUGGAAUGGUUCGAAAUUCUGAAGCAAAACUUUCUCUACAGGUUUCAAGAGGAUCCGGAGGCAUGCGUUGCGGUACAUUGUGUGGCAGGUCUCGGUCGGGCACCGGUUCUGGUGGCACUAGCUUUGAUUGAAUUAGGACUUAAGUACGAGGCAGCUGUAGAAUUAAUAAGAGACAAACGAAGAGGUGCUAUUAAUGCCAAACAACUAUCAUACCUAGAAAAGUAUAAGCCCAAGUCACGAUUAAAGCACAAAAAUGGUCACAAGAACUCGUGCUGCGUGCAAUAAAACUAUCAAAAUUCCCACCAGUUAAAGUGUUCAUUUUAAGCAGGAGACAAGCAAACGAAAACAACAUUUAAAACCAAGGAUUUAGUUAUCCAGGCAACAGAAUCAAGUGGUAGGGGCGGACGUGAGAUGAUCAUUCGAACAGUUGUUGUGUAGAUGAUCAAAAUGAUCGAAUCGGAUCGACGGAUAAACUGCGCAGCCUGGUCGUUAUGCUUGGUGAGUGAAUUAUUUUAAUGCAGCCCGAAGCAAAGGAUAUCAAGGAAACAAAGACCUCGAAUCGAUCACAUCGAUCGGUCUCAAAGAUAAAUGCCCGUUCUAUUUGUCUUGAAUUGUCAAUUUUAAUAACUCAUUUUUUUGUGUGUCUAAGAAGGGCCGAAACUGUGUAAAUUAUUUUAUUCCCGAGGUGAUUGACUUAUAUUUUGUUUCCUUUUUAAAAAAGUAAAACUGGUCUUCACAAGGCACACGCAGCUGUUAAGUGAGAAAUCAGGAGUGGUUUACUCCGUCGAUCUGCUUCGAUCAUAUUUGUCGUGAAAAACCAUUGAGCACUGAGCAAUAGUUCAAUGCUGUGAAAUAGUUGUACAAUAACACUCUGAAAUGAAAAAAAUACUAAUCAAUAGAAUUAUUCAUCUUCAGCAGCGCUAGGAAAAUUGUUUUUCUUCAACCUCCUUCACCGCCCCAUAUCAUUUUACAACACAAUCGCAUUGUCACUGCAAGCCUCGAUGCGGGAACUACAGUUCCUUCUUGACCAUCGCCAUUCUCCCUCAGCUAGCAGGAUUAUGAUUAAUAAUUGAACAUUUGUUUGUGAGCCGCAUGCAACGUGCGGUGGUAAACCACUAACAUAGUGAAAAACUCCGAAAACAAGGAUUGAAAAUUUUCCGGAUCAAAUUGAUUCCCAGGCUUACUAAAUCGUACGAAGCAGCAGCACAUAAAAACUCGUCGCAUAGUGUUCGAAUGAAUCAAAUUGUUACUGAAUGACCUUCGUCUCAAGUGUCGUAGAAGCUUUUGCAGGCUUAAAGCAACGUAACGUGCACAGAUGUUUGAGUGUUGUAAUGGCAAUUUGCGCCUCCAUCGUUAGUGCCAGAAAACUCCUAGGUGUGACUUUAAGUUAAAUAUUUGCAUCUUCAAACUCACAUAAAACAACUAACCACUCCCGGGAAAUCAAGAUAACCGUUACUGCGCAUAAUAUUUGUAUAUUCGUCACAGGUGAUCGCAAUCAGCUCUUCUGGUUUUUUACCAAAAUGAUUCGGUUUGUACUGAAUACGUAGCAACAAAUGAUGCAUUUUCGCAUGUCCAGUGUAGCAGCGAAUCUGCGAUCGGCUUAAAAACGCUAGAUCACAUACUGCAUACGAUUUUACUUAUGUUUAGGAACAUACCGACGUUUCGUGCAAUACUAAAUGUAACAUAAUAGGUCAACAGCGUGUUAUUUUAGUAGUUAAAUGAAUAAAUGUAUACCAUCUGCGAUGUUUACGUCGUUAACUCGUUAUCGUAGCCGGUAAAAAAUCACAAAAACUUUUAACGAUAUCAUAAAUUUGUGAUCGUAUAAUGAUUUAACAUGACCAUACUAUGCUUUAUGCAUUGAUAGUGUCUUCUCACGAAUGUUAUUUAAACGAUGGCUAGUUUUAUUUUAGACUUUUCAGCCUUGUCCAUGAAAUCCUUGCGUAUCUGUAGUAGAUUUCUUUCCUAGAAAAACCAGGAUUGGCCAUCUGGGGUCUAGUCCUGAACCGUGCGUAACAAUCAUUCCAUAAAUGUUUUAUGCUAUAGCAGAUGGGGCACAUUUGUGCUGCGCUUUACUUUACUAGUGAUUAUUUAUUUUUCCUGCCACUCUUAAUAGACCAAUUCUUUCGAAGUUUCCUCCCACAACGCAGUGUUUCGACAGCCGAUUAUUGGAGAAAUUCCGGAAGAGCUUUUAUAGGUGUUCUCUCGCCUGUGACGAACUUUAUUAUGCUGCUCUAACAUUAAUUCGCUAUCUCUUUUCUAUGCCAAGGCACGAUAUUCCGCGAACGAAGUGUAGGUUUUAUUGUAAAUGAAUUGUUUUUUUAGUGUCUGCUUAUGGUGAUUCGUCAUUGAAACCAUCACGCGAACGACGCAGAACGAACGAACAAACGAAACACUGAAUCAUAAAUAAGAUGAACAAUGUUUACAAUCUUCCAUAUUGGAGAGGGCCGGAUAAGAGAAUUCAGGAUCAGCUGAUACUCUUGGGGAUGGCUUAAUGCGCGAAUGUAUGCAUGUGUGUGCUUACUGGUGGUGUGAAUUGAUAUGACAUAUUCGUUAUGCAACUUGUAGCAUUUUAUGUUUGAUAAUUAAGUGAUCAAUGUUUGCGAUUUAUUUUAGAAGAAUCAUAUCAUAAAACAAUAUACUUUGAAAUCACUACAUUAAUUAUUUCAAGAGAAGGAUUUUUGGAUGUAUUUGGCUACUCACGGCUGCUGCUGAUUGGUCAUUUGUUUUGGUCAGCUUCAAUUGAUUGAUACUUUUAUUUUUUUUGUCCAAUAGAUUCGACUAUAUCUAUUUUCGCGGUGAUUUAGAAGAGGUUAUUCAACUCUUUUGCAUGACAAAUACCAACACACACACAUGACUGCAAACAUCCACGAAGCAGCGAACAAGAUUUUAUGAAGGCUGGAACUUGAACACGAUCCGAACAUUAUGUUGCAAUAAUAACAAUAAAAAUAGAAAAGAAACAUCUAAUACAAUAUACAGCGUCAGCCCGAAACUAAAGAAAAGAAAAAUCUGUUCGCAGAACUCAUCCAUACCAGAUUUGCGGAGUGGCUGGCAACAUAACUACAUUAACAUACAUAAGACAUAUGUGCAUUAAAACGCGCAAUCAUGCAAGUGUGACUACAUUAAACUCUAUUAGCUAAUGAUGGUGAACAACAAAUAUUAGAAAAGUGACGAAAACUGUACGCAACUAUGAUCUAUAGAUAUAUACACACACAUAUAUAUAUAUAUAGAUAUAUAUAUAUAUAUAUAGUUGAGCAGUGAAAAUGAUGAAAAAUGAAUCACUAAAAAUCGCAAAAUAAUAAAACAGUCACACAGCAAAAGCAAAUAAACUAACAAAAAACUGAAACAACAACAUACACGAUUCGCACGAAGAUCGACUCAAUUGCUAAAUCAUAUUCAUAUUUUAUACACAAUGCUAAAAAAAACCAAUGAGAGAACAAAAAAAUCAUGCGACAAGCGAAAAGGAUAAUCGAGUUGAGAAAAACUAGCCGAAACUUGCGGUGAUAACGGCUUACAAAAGAACGUGUUAUAUUGAUGGAAACGGUGACUCAAGGGUCAAAUUGCGAACGACAGUUUUAAGUGUUUAGAAGCUACUAAAACCAGCGUAAUAGAGGGCCGAAAGAUUUGAGGUUCAAUGUAGAACCUAAGGGUUUGGCAUUAAUGGUUAGAACACAGUGUGGUUAUUGAUGCAAUGGGAUAAAUUGUGUAAUGUUGCCUGCGUGUUUGUGUGUGUUUGUUCUAUUGUUGUAAUUCAUCAUUUGUGAAAAAAGAACAACAGAAUAAACACACACACGGAGAAGGGCAAACAUCAAUCGUCACUUGAGGCAAAAGAGUCUUGUAAGUUCAUCAAAAAUACACGCUAACAUUGGUAAACGCAAUGCAACGCCAAGGAUAGGGUCUGUGGCUACGAUAUGGAACGUUUCAAAAAACAUAUAUAUAUAUACUUCCUGCGGGAAACAAUAAAGUGGUCACAAAGGACUCGACGAUCCACUCCCUCUUGCUGUCGGCUGCUAGCGGGAAAAUUCGGGAAAGGAUUAGUCGAGGGAGAAAAAACACUAUCUGUGAGAAUCUAACAAGAAGAUGAAGAAUUGUAAAAAAUCAGCAAAAAACUCGACACAAGGAUAGCAAGCAAAGAACGGAAAAAUUAAACAACAAACUGAAUAUUAUACUGAAAUAGAUAUUGUAAUUUUAUGGAAUGAUUUGUAUCAACUAU